GGGUGGAAAGUUUUGGACAUGAGGGACUUGGAUUAUUACUAGACAUUUUGGAAAAACUGAUUAGUGGGAAGAUCCAAGAAAAAAUUAUAAAGAAGAAUCAACACAAGGUCAUACAAUGUUUAAAGGCUUUGAUGAAUACACAGUAUGGCUUAGAAAGGAUUAUGAGUGAUGAGAGGAGUCUUUCCUUGUUGGCCAGAGCCAUGGAUCCCAAGCACCCUGGUAUGAUGACAGAUGUGGUCAAACUCCUCUCUGCAGUUUGCAUUGUAGGGGAGGAAAGCAUCCUUGAAGAAGUUUUAGAAGCUUUAACUUCAGCUGGAGAAGAAAGAAAAAUUGGCAGAUUUUCUUCUAUUGUUGAAGGCCUGCAGCACAAUUCAGUUCAACUGCAAGUAGCUUGCAUGCAGCUCAUAAAUGCCCUUGUUACAUCUCCUGAUGAUUUGGACUUCAGGCUUCAUAUCAGAAAUGAAUUUAUGCGUUGUGGAUUGAAAGAGAUAUUGCCAAUUUUAAAGCAUAUUAAGAAUGAUGGCCUGGAUAUCCAGCUUAAAGUCUUUGAUGAGCAUAAGGAAGAAGAUUUCAUUGAGUUCUCUCAUCGCCUUGAAGAUAUUCGAGCUGAAUUUGAUGAAGCAUCUGAUGUUUACAACACGGUGUGGAAUACAGUUAAGGAAACUAGAGCAGAGGGAUAUUUUAUUUCUGUUCUUCAGCAUCUUUUGCUGAUUAGAAAUGAUUAUUUUAUUAGAGAACAGUACUUCAAAUUAAUUGACGAGUGUGUAUCCCAGAUUGUACUGCAUAGAGAUGGGAUGGACCCAGACUUUACAUAUCGAAAGAGACUAGAUUUAGAUUUAAGUCAAUUUGUAGAUAUUUGCAUAGAUCAAGCAAAACUAGAAGAAGCUGAAGAAAAAGCAUCAGAACUUAACAAGAAAUUUGAAAAGGAGUUGACUGACCACCAAGAAACUCAGGCUCAAUUGCAGAAAAAAGAGGCAGAGAUUAAUGAGCUUCAAGCAGAGUUACAAGCUUUUAAGUCUCAGUUUAGUGCCUUGCCAGCUGGUAUCAAAAUUCCCUUGCCAAUAUCCAAAGAAGACCAGACUGGACACCCAACACUUCCUCCCACUCCUCCACUGUCGUCUUGUGGAGUUAUGCCACCUCCUCCACCGCCUCCACCGCCUCCUCCUCUUCCUGGAAUGCCCAUGCCAUUUGGAGGUCCUGUGCCUCCACCACCUCCUCUGGGAUUUCUUGGUGGACGAAACUCUCCUCCUCCACCAACCCUGCCAUUUGGAUUAAAACCAAAGAAAGAAUUUAAACCUGAAAUCAACAUGAGACGAUUGAAUUGGUUAAAGAUCAGACCUCAGGAAAUGUCUGAAAACUGUUUCUGGAUAAAAGUAAAUGAAAAUAAGUAUGAAAAUACGGAUUUGCUUUGUAAACUUGAGAAAACAUUUUGUUGCCAACACAAAG